AGUCCCUCUGCUGAGAUGAUGGAGGGUGGUUCAGUGACUCUGACCUGUAGCACUGAUGCUAACCCAGCAGCUAACUACACCUGGUACAAGGAGCAUGAAGACUCACCACGAGCAUCAGGACAGAUGUUCACCAUCACUGACUUCAGAGCUGAACACAGUGGGAAUUAUUACUGUGAAGCCCAGAACCAGAUGGGACGUAGUACCUCCACCUUACUUCAGAUUACUUCUCCAGGUGGAGAUACAACAACAAUGAUAAUAAACAUCACCAGGUGGCCUCUGCUGGUUCUGAUGCUGAUUCUUCUGCUUGUCUUCAGUCUGUGGAUGAGGAAGAAGAAAGCUGUGAGAUCCACCACUGAACCACCUGAGUCCAGAGAGGCUGUGGAGAUGGACCUUUAUCCUGAGUAUGAGAACCUCUCAGCACAGAGAGAAGACCCAGAGGAGCAGGAAGACCAGGUGUGAAGGUCAGCCAGGUGUCAGUCUGCUGCAACUCAAAACUACUUCCUGCUUCCAUUUCUGAGGAAUAACGUCAUGUGAUCUUCUUCAGAUGCAGUGGAACCAGAGGGAGACUCACCUGGACGGAGACAGGAACAAGUGGACAUAUUUCCCUUCAGAACCACCAGUUAUUAUCUGAGGUCUUUACAAAGUUAAAACUUUUUAUUUCAUUAUCUUGAAUCACUGUUUUUAUU